AUGGCGACGACGGCGACGCCGGCCCGCAUCAUCACCGAUGACCAUGCCUUUCUUUCUCCCAGGAGGGCAAACAGUAGCGAAGCAUCCCCUCUUCUGUCGCCAGCCGACUCCGACACGGCCCAAGAUGACAACAGGAAACAAGCAGCUCUGCCGGUGCCGCACAUCCACUACAAGAGGGUAGCCUUUUUGAUCAUGGCCUCGGUGUGCCUGAUCGAGAUGGCGGCGGUGACGAUGCAGGCGCCGGUCAACGCGCUCAUGGAGGACGUCAUCUGCCGCGACAAGCUCUCCCUCCCACCGGCGGCGUCCAAGUCGAGGCCCUUGACGCUCGCCGACGACCCGCGCUGCAAGUCGUCCGACGUGCAGGGCGAGCUGGCCAUGAUGCGCGGGUGGCAGACGGCCCUGGAGACGCUGCCCAGCAUCCUGUGCGCCGUGCCCUACGCCAUGCUGGCCGACCGCGCCGGCCGCAAGCCCGUCCUCCUCCUCGCCUACCUGGGCCUCCUGCUCUCCAUCUUUUGGCAGGCCGCCGUCCUGCUGCUCAGCACCCGCGGCCUCGUCCCGCUGUGGACCAUCUACCUCGCCUCCCUGUGGACCUUUAUCGGCGCCUUUUCGUGCACCGGCCCCGCCAUGCUCUUCACCAUCCUCGGCGACAUCUGCCCGCCCGCCGAGCGCGCCGCCGCCUUCUUCCGCGUCAGCGUCGCCCUUCUCGUCGGCGAGCUGAUCGGCAGCCCCCUCGCCGGCGCCCUCAUGAAGGUCGGCGGGCCCUGGCUGCCCAUCGGCGUCUCGCUCGUCGGCUGCGCCAUCAGCUUCGGGCUGGUGUUUUUUGUGCCCGAGACGCUGGAAGAAGGCCGCGAGGAGGAGGAGGAUGACAAUGACGACGGCGACGACGAUGACAACAACAACAACAACAACAACAACAACGGCCCAAGCAAGCAGAAACGCGCCCCCUUGACGCUCAGGUCGGCGGCCAGACUCGCAGCCGCCAGCUUCCGCGAGCUGUGGGACUUUGCCGUGGCGCACACGGAACUCCUGGCGCUCAUGGUGCCGAUGGCGAUGUUCGUGCUGGGCCGCAUGGUGCAGGACGCGCUGCUGCAGUACGCGACGAAGCGGUACGGCAUCGGCUGGUCGGACGCGUCGAUGCUGGUGGCGGCGCGGGCGGCGGCGAACCUGCUGCUCUUCGCGGUCGUGUUCCCCUACAUCUCGCACGUGCUGACCACCAAGAGCCGCCUGCCGACGCCGGCCAAGGACCUGCUCAUGGCGCGCUGGACGGGCGCCAUCGGGGCCGCGGGCUCGUUCCUCGUCGCCCUGUCGUCGACGCCCGCCCUCUUCGCCGCCUCGCUGGCCGUCUUCUCCGUCGGCACCGGCUUCUCGCCCGUCCUGAGGUCGCUGCUCAACACCCUCGUCGAGCAGCGCCACCUGGCCAUGGUCAACAGCCUCGUGUCCUUCCUCGAGCUGCUCGGCACCUUCUUCGCCGGCCCCGUGCUCAGCAAGGCCCUGAGCGUCGGCAUCGAGCUCGGCGGCGCCUGGGUCGGCCUGCCCUUCUUCGCCGCCGGUUGCAGCCUGUCGCUGAGCGCCGGCCUGGUGUGGAUUUACAGGCUGCCCAAGGCGCCCAAGGGCGUUCGCGGCGGUGCCGAUGAAGCCCUGGUUGAUGGUGGCGGUGCUCACCGAUGCUAG